AUAAAAGACGAGUACCAAAUGGCUCAGGCUAAAGAGAAUAAUAAAAGAAAGCCAGAAAGUGACACAGAGGCUCUUAGAGAGAGAAAAGAGAAAAUUAAGAAGUUUUAGAAAUGUAGACUCUCUCUAGUACGCACGCCAACAGCAAAAAAACCUAACGGUCCUCGCGUUGAAUUCUAAUUCUCAUCCUCCCUCAAUUGUUCAGUUCUUCUAUCCGAUUCUCCACGUUUUAUCUCUGUCCGAAUAUCGAUUUCCCUUUCUGCUCUUCCCAAUUUUACCCUAAUUCUUUUGUUUGCUUCACGUUCAUUGAUCUGGUUUUUAAGAUCAUUUUUAUGGCGAUCGCUCGUAGAGCUGUGUUCAGAUUUGGAUUAUGAUUUGUUAAUAUUUUUUGUUGGGGUUUGUUUUGGGAAGAAUCGAAUAGAUUUUUUUUAGCUCAGUGAAUGCGAAAAUGAGCACGCAAAGGGAGGUGGCAGUUAGAGACCUAGUGGAGGAAGCAAAGAAGAGGAUUGUGUUUUUGGUUAUUUGCGUUGUUGGAUUAUCUUAUUUAAUGUCAUUGACAAGCUCCUCAGUUUGGGUCAACUUGCCUGCUGCUGCCUCCUUAAUAAUUCUCCUCCGUUACUUCUCCCUAGAUUAUGAAAUGCGGAGGAAAGCUGCUGUAUACAACAGCAAAUAUUCCGCGGCAAAUGUGUUGUCCCAAAACAACAAUCCUGAACAUACUAGGGUUCUUGAAAAGUCUGACUGGAGAAGAAAAGUGAAUUCCCCUGUUGUUGAGGAUGCAAUUGAUCACUUCACUAGACAUUUAGUCUCUGAAUGGGUGACAGAUCUAUGGUACUCUCGUCUAACACCUGAUAGAGAAGGUCCAGAGGAACUGGUGCGGAUAGUGAAUGGUGUUCUUGGGGAAUUUUCAACUCGCAUGAGAAAUAUAAAUCUUAUUGAUCUAUUGACUAGGGAUCUUAUUAAUGUCAUCUGCGUUCACUUAGAGCUUUUUCGAGCUAGUCAAGCAAAAAUUGAAAAGCAUCUGUCUGGAUUGGUGUCUAUUGAACAGCGAGACAAGGAACUGCGACGUGUCCUGGCUGCUGAGAACAGAUUGCACCCUGCUUUAUUUUCUGCUGAAGCAGAGCACAAGGUUUUGCAGCAUCUGAUGGAUGGUCUCAUUUCUUUCACAUUCAAUGCAGAAGAUCUAAAGUGCUCUUUUUUCCGUUAUAUAGUGAGGGAACUUCUUGCUUGUGCAGUAAUGCGACCAGUCUUAAACUUAGCUAGUCCAAGGUUUAUAAAUGAAAGGAUUGAAAAUUUGGUCAUUUCUAAGGCUAAUAAAGGAGUUGCUGCAGCACAAGAGGCAUCACAAUCCAAACCCAAUGGAUCUUCAAAGAUCUCAUCUGAUCAAUUUUCCAGAUUUCUAGAUCCUACUGGUACUGGUGUUGAACUUGUGCAGUUAAAAACUGAUCAAUCCAAAAGUCGAGCAGUUGCACCUGAGUCAGAUAAUGUGAAUGGAACCCAUAUCUCGAAAGAUCCUUUGCUUUCUAUUGAUACUCGAUCUUCCCGUUCAUGGAGUUCACUACCUUUGAAUUCCCAAAUUAAGGAUGAAGGAGGGCUUCAGCGGUAUCGUUCUGGAGGAGAAUGGGGUGAUAUGUUGGACAGAUUUUCUCGCAGAAAGACUGCAGCCCUUGCACCUGAAAAUUUUGACAAUAUGUGGACAAAAGGAAGAAACUACCAAAAGAAAGAAGGUAAAGGUCGGGUAAUUGAGCAAGUACCACAAAAUUCUUCUGUGAAUAAGUCCGCUACAGGGGACCAAUCAAAGAUGCCUAAACUCAAGGAGAAGCAUGGGGUGACCAUACUUGAUUCCUCUCUGCAUUCUAAUCAGUCUACAGUACAAAACUCAUACCAUGAUCAGAACUUGUCAAAUCAUUCUUUAUAUACUUCACAUCAUGAAAAUGAUGAGCAAGGCCUUAUGCAUGUGAAUGAGGAUGAAUCAGGAAGUGUUAGUCCUUAUACAUCUGAAGAGGAAGAUCCAAGCAGUAUCACAGGCCUUGAUGAUCCAGGAACUAAAGUUUGGGAUCGUAAAACAAAUAGAAAUUUGGCUGUUUCCCCCAUUCAUCAUCCACUUGAAAACCUUGGACGCCAUGCUACAAAGAAGACUAGUAGAGGACAGGCUCCUUAUGAAAGAUUAUCUAGAACAGAGACUGGCAGGAAGAGGUCGAGAUCAAACACUCAGAAGGUGCAUGUUUGGCAAGAGAUUGAGAGGACAAGCUUCUUGUGUGGGGAUGGACAGGAUAUACUGAGUUCAAAAGGACAUACUAAAGGUGAUGAAUCUAGUGAUGAUUCUGAGGUUGAAGGUUUAGAUAGAGCUUACGGUGAAGCAACUGCUUGUUCAUCUACACCUUCUGCUUCUAUAUCUGAAAAUCAUGGUUCAGCUGUUAAUUCCUUGAAAAAUUCAUUGAUGGUGGAUUCAUUUUUUAAGUUGAGAUGUGAGGUGUUGGGUGCAAAUAUUGUGAAGAGUGCCUCUAGAACAUUUGCUGUGUAUUCCAUUUCUGUUACAGAUGUAAAUAAUAAUAGUUGGUCAAUCAAAAGAAGGUUUCGACAUUUUGAGGAGUUGCACCGGCGUCUAAAAGAGUAUCCAGAGUAUAAUCUUCAUUUGCCACCAAAGCAUUUUUUGUCAACAGGUUUAGAUAUGCCUGUCAUUCAAGAACGGUGUAAAUUGCUCGAUAUAUAUCUCAAGAAGCUCUUGCAACUUCCUACAAUUUCAGGAUCUAUUGAAGUUUGGGACUUUCUUAGUGUUGAUUCUCAGACAUAUUAUUUCUCAAAUUCCUUUUCCAUCGUUGAGACAUUGUCAGUUGACCUUGAUGGCAAGCCAUCUGAAAAGAAUAAGGUGGUUUCAAAUUUUGUUGGACCUGUAAUCAAUUCUAUAUCCGCAAAGAGGGAACAGUUAGGCACGGACAACAAGGAUUCUUCAUUACAGACAAAACAUAAUGUUGUCACAGAUGGGGUAAAGAUGAGUCCAAAAUACACAUCUCAUUCUCCGGGUAAAAAGCUUGGUAAAGAACAUGGAAAGUCAUUAAAGGAUUCAGGCAGUGAUUCAGAUACUCAAAAAAAUGUGUCUGUUAGUAAUUUCGGGAAGAUUGUAAAAGGAAGACAGACUGAUGGUUUAGGGCAGACAUCUGAGUUGAUUCAUGAUACUGCUAGUGAUCUUACCCUUCCUACAGAGUGGGUACCGCCAAAUAUAACUGCCCCUAUAUUAGACUUGGUAGAUGUCAUUUUCUUGCUACAAGAUGGUGGAUGGAUAAGGAGGAAAGCUUUCUGGGUGGCCAAACAGAUUCUACAACUAGGAAUGGGUGAUGCCUUAGAUGAUUGGUUGAUAGAGAAAAUCCAGCUUCUGCGUACUGGUUCAGUGGUUGCUUCAGGGAUCAAGCGGGUGGAACAGAUACUUUGGCCUGAUGGGAUAUUCAUUACCAAACAUCCAAAGAGACGGCCACCAUCCACCUCCAACUCAUCCCAUAGCUCACCUCAUGGCCAGCAACCCAUCAAUGAGUCUUCACCUAAACUAAGUUCACCUCUAGGUCGGCAACACACAGAAAUAUCUUCACCUAGACUAAGUGAUGAGCAACUAAAACAUGAAGCAGACCGACGUGCUAAAUUUGUAUAUGAGCUGAUGAUUGAUAAUGCACCAGCUGCCAUUGUAAGUCUUGUUGGUCGGAAGGAGUAUGAACAAUGUGCUAAAGAUCUUUAUUUCUUUCUUCAGUCAUCAGUCUGUUUAAAGCAACUGGCUUUUGAUCUUCUCGAGCUGCUGCUUUUGUCUGCAUUUCCAGAACUGGAUUACGUCUUCAGACAGUUGCAUGAAGAAAAGCAUAGAUUUGGUGAAUUUAAUCCAAACUAGUAAUUGCAUAUGGAUUUCAAAUAUAGAAAUACGGAACAGAGAUUCACCUGUGCAUUUUUCUUUUCUCCUUCCUCCUUCAGGUAUAUUGAGAAAAUGUUUCCGUUGCUUUCUUUCUUUUUUUUUUUUUUUUUUUUUGUGGGAAGGAUUAUAAAUAUUGAGUGUCAAGAUCAUCAGUUGACACCAUAGGUCAAGUUUGCUUUUGAUUUGGCAUUUUGAGGAAAUUGUAUGUAAAGCUCGAGGUUAGUGAAAAUUUUAAUGAAAAGCUCUUUAAUUAUUAAAA